GCGAAAGUCACUUAAAGUAUGAAGCUGAUCAUUGGAGCUCCAUGUAGGAGCUAUGCGGUGUCGCUGCCGGCCAAGGUCGGGCCUCCUGCUACGGAUGGACGUCCGGGUCAGCUACCGGCAUGAUCCUCGAGUGAUGUGACGGCGGCCUGCCUUUGCCAACACAAGCGAGCAAAUCAUGAUCGGUGGAGGGGAGAUAUAGGGUCCAGCCAACCGCUUCAACCCCAAUGGGAGUUCUGUGUUUGGCCUCUGGCAGAAUGCAUAAGUUUGUUGCUGAGUGUCUGUUGUCAGGUUGGGAUAUUCCUAUCAUGAGAGAUGAUUGCGAGACACGCCAAACCAGCCAGCGAAGCAAUGUUGCUGUACUGUUACCGUCGCCCGCAUUUUGGUGUUACCUAGAGGCCAAGGUAAAGUAUGUACAGGUCUGCUUGUUGGUAUCUGCUCCUUGGGGUAUCGAGAGGUACAGAAUACAGGGAAAUUUCCUCUAGCAGGUCCGUAUCGAUAUGAUACACCUUCCGUGUAAGUGUACCGUCCCGGACCUUCAACAUCCAGGCAGAAAUGGACACCCAACGCUAUAUAAUGGACCUUUUUACCUAGCCCACCACUUCACCCGGCUCAUCUGACUACUCGCCUUUCUCCCUCCAACAUCGCACAGCCGAAUUGGUCAUUCCAGAUCUCGUCGUAAGGGCAACUUGCACACAGAUUAGGCCUUCUUGUCUUGUUUCUAAGCUACACCCAAAGGUCCUGUUGCCACCGAAACCCGGCGAGCUAAACUGAUCAUUCUACGAAGCGGUACUCGCGAAUCUGGCCAGAAUGGCUGGUCCCGAUAAUUCCAGCGAGUCGCCUGGUUACGGCACUGACACUGGCGACAACCGCCUGAGGAGCUGGUUCCGAUCGUUGUCCCCGACAAAGGUUGACAUUGUCGGCGAUUUCACCGGCAAAGAGCGCUUUGCCAUUCAUGGAGAAGCCCUGCUUGCACAUUGUCUUCAUGCCAUGAAAGUCGACUUUGACUACGGCUUCCAGAUUCUCCAUGCCGUUCAUUCAGUUGAGACUCUUCUCCAGAGGCUGCAUGAUCGAGGAUGCAACUUUCACGUCCUCUGGUUCAAUCGAGAGUAUCAACUAUCCAUCCCCACGGACAUCCCAGCUGAGAUCACGUACCGAUACCAGCUCACUCGAAGCAUCCUGAUCGAGCACUUCGCUCACGCACAGACUGACAAACAGACCAUUUUCAGUCUUGUGUUCACGAGCCUGGACAGCAAUUCUUUCGCUCAAUAUCUCCAAGAACAUCAUCCGCACUUUUUCUUGGGAUCUAAUGGUACAACGCCGUGGUGGACGGGUGGCCCGCAACUUCUGGUGCCUCUUCACAUGCUGUACCGCAUCAAUUCAGCAGGAUUGCAUAUCGCGUGCGUUGAGAAUCUGGAGUUCAAGAGCUCAAGGGCUUUCCUACCGGUAGCCUCUCCCAGAGGGGCGCAAAGAUCGCUCAAUGGCGACACUCUUUCUCCAAUUCCCGACACCUCCUUGAUGGAGGACAACAUUCAACAUCGUCUUGGAGGACUCGCCAAGACACACAGCCUGACUGCUCGGGAAAUAAUAUCCCUAUACUCACUGGCUCAUGUGCUUGCCAACCAUGCGCUCGAUGCCAGUGAGGGCGACGAGAUUGGGCAGCACGUUAAAGCGCUGCUCCUCCAGCUAGUGUUCAUGAGACACUGCAAUGUUUCGAGCCGGAGCUUUGAGUCGCGGGGAUCGGGACUCGAGUUGGGCAGCGCCGCCAAUUCUUUCAUUUGUUCCUUGGCUGAGCCGGCUCAACGCAUUCUUGGCUCGUGGAGUUCAGGACCAUUCGCAAACUCAGCAUGGGAUGCAUUUGAUCUCUUUGAUGGGCGGCUCUACCUGGCAUUACUGCGUUCUUCACACAACAUACACUUGUCCUGCGCUCUUCACGAACAGUUCGUCCAGCUCGGUGGACUACUCGAGCAGCUCUGUGGCUACGAUGCCACUGCAAAGUGGCCGGUCGAUCUGACGAAUACCGAUGGAGAAGAAGCUCGUUUGAAGAUCAGCGAUCCCCAACCUAAUCAGUUGGUACCGUCGCUGUCUAUAUUGCCUUUCAGCCAUCCCGUUCUGGACAAGUAUCUUACUUCAGUGCACCUACGCACAGAUACUGUCAUCUCCUCUCCAGUUGAUUACAAAGUGCACAAAGAGCUGACGCAUUGGCACAACAAAAAGCCAAUUGACCCUAAGCAGCCCACCAAGGCUCCUGACUUUUGGGCAAGACGGCGAAACCAACGCUUCAUGGCCGACAUCAUUGCCUACUCUGCUAGUCUUACCGGUGCAUCUGGAAAGAUUAUCGAACCAGAAAUCGUUGUUGUACGCGGCUCGGUCGAAAGAAGCAAGCCCGUUAGUAGACAUGCGUCGAACAAGGGCAAGAAACAGGCAAAUUCCAACAUACAUCUGGAGAUAAGCCGCGCGCAAUACGCUCCUAAAGAGGCAGAACGGCAGCCCGCUAAUAGGCAUGCAUUGAACAAGGGCAAGAAACAGGCAAAUUCCAACAUACAUCCGGAGAUAGGCGGCGCGCAAUACGCUCAUCAAGAGGUAGAACGGCGCAAGGAAGCCAAGUUCAAGGUCAAAUCGCUGGCAAUCAUCACCUCCUGGGAACAAAGGUGUCUCGAGUUCUCAAAGGAGGCAUCUCUGGUUAAGCGAUAUUUGCUGGUCGAAAAGUAUCUCUUGGGCUUGAGUCCAGACCAUUUGUCUGUGAUUGGGGCGGAAGUCUCCUUGUAUCUUUGCCAUAUUCUACGCCAAAUCCAGGGUCGCUACAACCCGGACACGCUGACUCACUGCCAUGUUUUGGCCAUGCUUUGGUCCCGAACUCAGGAGACCGCCAAAAUGACCAUGACCAAAGAAGUCCACACACUUGUGAACAGAGUUUCAAAGUCUCUCGAACUCCCCCAUUACAAGAUCCCGGCACUCCUUUCAGAGAGAAAGCUGCCAUUUGAGUUCCUGGAUAUUGCGAGCGGGGGUUUACUGCCUCCUGGAAAGUCUUCGCUCGACUUCCAGCUCGGAUUUUGUGGACCGUUCUUUGAACGAAGUUUCGACUCGGCCCCAGAUUCUCGUGUGCCUUUUGAGCCCGAUGCCUGGCAGAGAAAGGUACUUGACGCUAUCGAUGAGAACAAGAGUCUGCUCGUGAUUGCCCCAACGUCGGCUGGCAAGACGUUCAUCUCAUUCUACGCUAUGAGGAAGGUUCUCGAAGCCAACAACGACGAUGUACUGGUGUACAUUGCCCCGACCAAAGCUCUCGUCAACCAAAUUGCCGCCGAGAUCCAAGCCCGAUUCUCUAAGCAAUAUGGCCAAGAAGCGCGGUCUGUCUGGGCUAUCCAUACUAGGGAUUACCGCAUCAAUAAUGUGAAGGGAUGCCAAAUUCUUGUAACCGUCCCGGAUAUCUUGCAGAUUCUUCUGCUGGCUCCUUCCAAUGCAGCAGGCCCAACGUCUUUUUCCCGGAGAAUAAAGAGAAUCAUUUUCGAUGAGGUUCAUUGUAUCGGCCAGUCUGAAGACGGGAUUGUUUGGGAGCAGCUUUUGCUGCUUGCACCAUGUCCCAUCAUUGCGCUAUCGGCCACCGUGGGAAACCCCCUCGAAUUCCGAGACUGGCUUUCCAAUGCACAGAAGGCCAAGGGAUUCGAUAUGGAGAUGGUGGUACAUUCAUCCAGGUACUCAGACCUCCGCAAGUUCAUCCAUGAUCCGUCUCCCGGUUCAUAUGAAUUCGAAGGCCUCAAACCCGUUGAACGUCUCCCAUUUCCUGGACUAGACUCUGAUUGCGAGAAUCCGUUGCCAUUCUCGUUUAUACACCCAAUCGCAGCUAUCAUGGAUAGGAGCCGGGACACGCUUAACGAUGCCAGUCUUGAACCUCGAGACUGUAUCGUGCUUUGGAAGCACAUGACCAAACAUCAGAUUGGCCAGUAUCAAGUUCCAACCUCCCUGGAUCCUAAGAAAAUGUUGCCGUCGCUCGUCAAAAAGUCCGACGUUACGAAAUGGGAGUCGGCUCUCAAGGACGUCUUGGCUGACUGGAUGCUUGACCCCAACUCCCCGUUCGACGAACUUCGAAACGAUUUGCGUGGAGAACGGUUUGCUCACCUAUCAUCAACGCACAAUCAACCCGAAUCCAUCGAAUCCCCGCCUCGUCAAUCUGGACCUAUUGUAUCACGACGUUCCAUAUUCUCACUUGUGACUGAUCUUAGGUCGCAUGGAGCAUUGCCUGCCAUCAUCUUUAAUUACGACCGGGUUGGCUGCGAGACUGUUCUUCGAGAACUCUACGAGACUCUUAAGUCCGCGGAAGCAGCAUACAAGCAACACGAUUCAAAGUGGCUUAAAAAGCUGGCGGGCUUCGAAGAAUGGAAGAAACGCCGUGAGAGCGCAAAAACGAAGGACACAAAGAUGAAGCAAACCAAGAAGACCGGCUUGAGAAAUGAGGACGACGAUGGCGCAAUGAGUAAAGGAGACCGAGCCCGUGACGCAGCAAAUCGAGAACUGAGCGUUUGGGACAGCUUUGACCCAGAAGCCCCCCUUCAGCAAUUCAGCUUUGCUGAUAACACCAAACUGACACAGGAAGAGCUGAAUACGCGAUUGAAGUCACUCAGGGCGGAUGCCGUCCGUCCUUGGAUCCGAGAUGCUCUCUUCCGAGGAAUCGGCGUACACCAUGCAGGGAUGAACCGCCAAUAUAGACAGAUAGUCGAAAUGCUUUUCCGUAAAGGUUAUUUGACUGUGGUCGUCGCGACCGGGACACUUGCCAUGGGUCUCAACAUGCCUUGUAAAACAGUUGUCUUUACCGGCGAUUCAGUUUUCCUGACUGCUCUCAACUACCGUCAAGCCUCGGGUCGUGCUGGCCGGCGUGGCUUCGACCUCCUUGGAAACGUUGUCUUUCAUGGCCUCCAUCCGCACCGGGUUUUUGAAAUAAUGUCUGCGAGGCUCCCGGAUCUUCGCGGGCAGUUUCCAACAUCGGUCACGCUCAUCCUACGGCUCUUCAUCCUUCUACACGGAACGCAGAACUCUGAGUUUGCAGCCAACGCUGUAAAGGGCCUGCUGACCCAAAGCAGACUUUGCUUGGGUGGACCUGAUGCGAAAAUGUCGAUCGCACAUCAUCUUAGAUUUUCGAUUGACUACCUCAGACGCCAACACCUGUUAUCCGAAAAUGGUGUCCCUCUUAACUUCUCUGGCCUUGUGGGACAUCUGUACUACACAGAGAAUGCUGUCUUUGCAUUCCAUGCCCUCCUCAAGGACGGAUACUUUCACGACCUCAGUACUAGCAACCGAAGCCGGGAAGACGUCAUUCUUGAGAUUAUGCUUGUUCUAAGUCACUUGUUCUGUCGCCACGAUUUGCCCCAACACAAAGACAAGCAGUUCCUCGAGCGUGUACAUCGCUCUCCGUGUGUUGGAAUUCUCCCAGAUCUCCCCCAGAAAGCAAGUGAGGUCCUGGAGCGCCACAACCAGCAGACCUUGUCCAUUUUCCAGAACUAUGUCAGCUCUUAUACCAAUCAACAUCUGACCGGGAUGCCGGACAACUGUCUCCCCUAUACCAAGUACAAGGUUGAUCCUGUCGAUGCUCAACCAACGCCGGACCUUUCAACUGUACUUCCCUCCUCUGACCGACCUCGGCCGCCCACGGUUGUUCGAUCUCCAUUCUCUGCACUCUCUGGCUUUACGGACGAAUUUGCCACUAUCCACGAGCUUUGCGAGACUGUCCGCGCAGGCGUCUUCCUUGAAGAGUCUGCAGUCCCGUAUAUUCCGAUGGCACCAAAGGAAACGAAUGGAGUACCUUGGAACGCCUACCUUUAUGACUUCUUCAAGCAUGGAGAUAUGGAAGCACUCAAGACUGUCAACAUGAUCAAGGGUGGCGAUAUCUGGUACCACCUCAAAGACUUCUCGCUCAUUCUUUCUUCAAUUGUGACCAGCCUUGCCAAUUUUCUGGAGCUUCCAAAUGCCGACGGUGAUUUCGGUUUUGAGGAGGAGGAGGAUGAUGAUGAGCUUGAGAUGGCAGAUGAUGAUAGACCAAUCUUUAGCGGGGAGGAGGGGAAUGGGAUAAGGAAUGAUGUCUGCGGCGCUCCCGCUCCACCACCGCAGAAGGAACAGAAGAAGACCAAGGCGAAAAAGGAAGUGGUUGCCGAGUCAUGGGAUGACGAGAUCAGCGAUGAAGACACAGAGGAGGACACAAAAACGGCCAAUCACGGUGGCAAUUCGUGGUCUGGAUCAGCCUCUGCUUACCCUCAGGCGCCCAGAUGGGCUGACGACGGCGGUCAGUCGUUGAUGGAGGUCUUCCGAAAUUUCUCGGUACUUCGACAGGAGUUUGAGGAAAAAUUCCGCAAGACAUUUGCUUGAGGACUGACUUGUCGUUGCUGUCUCCAAGAAAGCAACGACGAGAAGAGUCCGGGAAUACGCAGCUCCGGUGUGAAUUGGAAGUUACAUUUUCAGGUUUCUCUUCUUCUCCGUGGCGUGUUUGUGUUGGAAUUAGAUGUGGCUUCAUGAUAGGACCCCGGUUACAUAUCCUUUAGAUAUUCUCUGAUGGAAAGAAAGCCCGAUGCAGGAGUAUCAAUGUAGAAACGUCCCCUAAAAGUAUUUGUCCGUAGCUGUUUCUUGUUUGCCCCAUUUGGUUCGGAUGAGCUGCACUUACCGAGCUCGGAUUCGGAUUCUAACAUCAGUAUAAGCAAGUUGAUCAUUACCAAA